UGCAGCUUCGGUCACACUGGAAAACUUUGUUUUCAUCUUUCACCAAAAUGUCCACUUAUUAUUUUGUUAUUGUGGGCCACAAUGAUAAUCCCAUCUACGAAAAGGAGUUUAGCACGGUUAACAAGGAACUAAGGAAGGAGGACCACAGGCAUCUGAGCCAGUUCAUUGCUCACGCAGCUUUGGACUUGGUGGACGAGCACAAGUGGAAAACGGCCAACAUGCAACUAAAGUCCAUCGACAGAUUCAACCAGUGGUUUGUGUCUGCCUUCAUCACCGCCAGCCAGAUCCGAUUCAUCAUAGUCCACGACAACAAGAACGACGAGGGCAUCAAGAACUUUUUCAACGAGAUGUACGAAACGUAUAUUAAGCAUUCCAUGAACUCCUUUUAUCGGAUCAAUACGCCCAUCAAGUCCCCGAUGUUCGAUAAGAAGGCUGAGAUCUUUGGACGGAAGUGUUUGUUAUCCUAAACUGUUAUAAUUUUAGCCUAUAAAGUUUUCUAGUAAAAUUAAUUUAACUAUAAAA